AUUUGCAAACAAGUACAUCCAUUAUACGCAUGCCCGCAAUUUUUGAGACUAACGGUUCGCGAUCGUUUAGAAGCUAUAAAAAGGGCAAGGCUUUGUCCAAACUGCCUACGACCUAAUCAUAACAUUAUCAAUUGCACAUUCGGGAAUUGUCGUAUAUGUAACAGAAGACACAACUCCUUACUUCAUUUAGAAUCUGACCAACGCAACACGACAGCUAACGUAUCGUCCAAUCCAUCGAAAUCUCUAGAAAACGUUAAAACCGCGUUAACCGCAUCAUACGAUUCAGAGGUAUUAUUAGGAACAGCAAGGGUGAUUAUAAUGGAUAAAAACAACAGAGAACACUUGUGCCGCGUACUUCUCGACGGAGGAUCACAAUCUAAUUUUAUAACAGAGCAACUAGCGAAUAAAUUACAACUAACAAAAAAUAAAAUCAAUUUAACAUUUUCCGGGUUAGGACAACAUAGCACGCGCGCGGAAUAUUACGUUCACGCCAACAUUAAAUCCAGAACAAACGCAUUUUCAACCGAAGUUAAGUUCAUUUCUCUACCGUCAAUUACAGGUUUAUUACCUUCUCGACAGGUAAACCGAAACGCGCUUACGAUCCCAAAAAAUAUAAAAUCAGCCGACCCAGAGUUCCAUAAACCCGGGCAAGUAAACGCCCUUCUUGGCAAUGCGCUAUUUUACAAUCUAUUAAACGUAGGCCAGAUUAAACUAUACGACAAUUCAAUCAUUUUACAAAAAACACAAUUGGGAUGGCUUGUAACCGGAGAAAUAAACUUACAGCAACAAUAUCUUCCUUCCACAGCCGUUAGUGCCUGUCAUGUUGCUACAUCACUAGAAAAUCAAAUAACCAAAUUUUGGUCUAUCGAAGAAAUACCAUGCAAAGGGUUUAAUUCUCCCGAAAAAAUCGCAUGCGAAGAGCACUUCGUUAAACACAAAACCAGAAACAGCGAAGGUAGAUACGUUGUACGAUUACCGUUUAACGACAAAGUAAGAUUACUCGACGAAUCAAAGUAUCGAGCACUAAGGCGGUUCUAUGCAUUAGAACAAAAAUUUUCACGCGCCCAUAAAAUUUGCCCAAAAGUAUCCAAUUUUACUACCGCGUUCCAAUCACAUCACAGACCUAAUAAUACGCGACACGCAUUUAAGGCAUUGGCAUGCAGGUAUACAGGGCACACUAAACGCGAUUAUGCAAAGCUAUUGGCCAUUAGACGGAAAAAAUACGACAAAACGCAUUAUCCAUCGUUGUAUUCGCUGCAAUAAGUUAAAUCCCACGGUACCAAACUAUACAAUGGGCGAUUUACCUGAAAACAGGGUCUCUCAGUCAAGACCUUUUCAAAACGUAGGAAUUGAUUACUGCGGACCAUUCUUUCUAAAAGAAAAGAAAUUCCGUAACAAAAACAAAAUUAAAGCAUACGUAACAGUCUUCGUCUGUUUCUCGACAAAAGCCAUUCAUUUAGAGUUGACAACAGAUCUAACUGCCGAGACCUGCUUAGCAGCCUUAAAAAGAUUCCUUUCGCGCCGGGGAAUGGAACUAAUUUUAUAGGUGUAAAGAACGAAAUUCAACAAAUAGAGCAAAUUCUCAAGUCUGACGAAUACCAACAAAAGCUACAACAUUAUUUGAGCACUGAAGGUAUUCAAUGGCACCUUUCUCCUCCCCGUUCACCUCAUUUUGGCGGGCUUUGGGAGGCAGGAGUCAAAUCUUUAAAAAAUCACUUAACUAAAACAAUAGGAGAAACGUUAGUCAUAUAUGAACAAUUUUACACAUUUUUAACUGAAGUUGAGGCAAUAUUGAAUUCCCGACCUUUAACCCAGUUAUCCUCUGAUCCGAAAGAUUUUACAGCUCUCACUCCCAGCCAUUUCCUCAUAGGCGAUACGUUAACAAAUCUACCCGAGCUCGAUUUUAUGCAUAUUGCUACUAAUAGACUCUCCCAGUGGCAACACCUGCAAAGGUUGAAACAGCAUUUUUGGUCACGAUGGCAAAAGGAGUAUUUGCAGGAACUCCACACAAGAAAGAAAUGGCAUCUGGGAGAUACCAAAGACAUUAAGGAGGGCAAAUUAGUGCUCAUGCGAGAGGACAACACCCCACCACUACAUUGGAAGCUUGGCCGAAUCAUUGCCUUACACCCAGGAGAGGACAAUAUACCCAGGGUCGUGACAGUACGGACAGCACACGGCACGUACAAGCGCAGCAUAAAGAAACUGUCACCAUUGCCCAUCGAUAACGACUAGCGCAGACCCGCCGCUACAUUCUUCGCUAUCAUAAUUUAGCCAUUAAUUUAAGUUUAAGGACAAGUCCUACACGAUACAGUAAGCAUAGGUUAACACAUAGUAAUUAAUUUAACUUAGAUAAAACGAACAAAACAAGCCAAAUCGAUUUGUAUAUUAACGCGUCAUAUCGCUCGCAACAACUAAUUCAUUUACUGUGAUUCUUUGAACGCGACCGUUCAAGGCGGGCGGCAUGUUGCGUCGCGAAACAUGUCGUUUCAUUUAUAAUGGCAAUUCAGCGUUUGCAUUGAUGCUACAAGCCAUUAGCUAAAUGGCUUUAGUGUCAAUGCAAACCAAAGUACAUAAUAACCGCCAUAAAGGGCCCGCUCCAGCGGCCUCGCGACCUGGUCCUGACCGUUGGGCCAGGGUAUUUCCCAAUACCUGGGACGCGCGGUCCACCCUCGCGUCACGAAAUGCAAGAAGUACCAGCGCACCAAUCCUGAACGAAAAAGGUUCUGAUUGGAUGCGGCUGACUUCUUGCAUUAGGAUAUAAGGCGCGAAAUGUAACAUCAUUAGACAGAAGGUUACAAAAUGUCUAACAUCAUACACCGCCGUACGAACGAGAGAGGGUCUACGUCCAACAGAAAUACAGUCCACUACACAACCAACGCCUUGCAUAUCAACAGACGUGCAAGAAGAGCUCUGUACGUGCAACACAUUGUACGAGCUCUCACCAGGAGCAGACACUGAUGUAGAAUCGGUUUUAGAAAUAUCUUGAGUCGCAGAGCCCGAGGUGCUAGUCGACAACGGUCUUUUGUUGCGAGAUUUGUCCAAAAAUAUUGAGAGAUCCUCUAAUCGAACAGGUUUGGAAAAGGUAGAACUCAUGUUAGUGUCCACUGGAGUAGGGCCUACAUUCUCCGGCGAAGCUUUCUCUUGAGUCAAUGUUGGUCAUAGCUGGCUGCUGGUUCCCCUCGCGCGAAGGAGAGGGGCACUGUUUUGCCAUAUGACUCUCACUCUUGCACAGAACGCAUUUAGGAUUAUUAGAAGAAACGAAAAUCCAAAACGAGGUGUUGUCGAAACUGACUUGAAGGUUGUCGGGCAGCUUGUUUACAUCCUCUGGGUGAAUGAAAACUUGGCGACGAAAGCUAAGAAUAUGAGAAAACCCAGCUUCCGAGAACCCAGCCUUUAUAAUGGAAAUCGGUGAGAGAACUCUGAUAUUCGACUUCUUCAAAAUAUCUUCAAAUAUUGAAUGCGGAAUGAUAGGACAAACGUUCGAAAGAAUUAUCUGUUUCGCCUUCAUCGAGAGAGGUCUAACUGAAAUAGAGCCAAGAUUUUCUCUACCACAUGUUUGGACGAUAGAUGCACACAUAUUGUAUUAUUUGCAAUGCGGGAUGCGAAACGAAUGUUCUCAUGCUUAAUAAGCUUGCCUAUGGCAAUAACAUAGUCCUUGAUGGGAAUAUCCUCGUAGGCGUCUAACACAAUAGCCUGUUUUUUGGUUGGAAAAUCUCCUUUUUGCGUAAUACUUGCAUAUGUCGAAUCGGAUACUGGGAUUGAAAUAACCUUUACACCAGAAGAUCCUGUUGACUCCAUUGUGAUUGAGGGAGAAAUUCCUUUCUCAGCACUCACAAACACAACGCGAGAGAGAAAGAAAGCACCACAGUCAAAUAUGUAGUACCGAGAAGCGCAGACACAACAGAAUCGUACUCUACGUGACUCCCUACGUUCGAUCCCAACUGAAGGCAGAUAGUUGCUCGAAGGAGAUUAUGCGAACCCGAUACGAAAUUGGGGAGUCACUAGGAUUGUUGAUAACGACGCAGACGAACCCAAUGCGAAAUCGGGGAGCUGCUAGGAGGUUGGAACAAACGCAGACGAACUCGAUGCGUAAUCAAGGAGCUGCUGGGAGGUUGUAUAAAUCACAGACGAACCUAAUGCAGGCUGGGAGACCGCCGAGGAGAGGAGGCAAGCGGUCGAGAAGACGAGGCGCCAUGUCCAACGGACCGUUGUCUUUAUGUGGUUCCAGCAGAUGAUUCGGGCUGGUGCCACGCAACGGCCCGUUGGUGCAGUCCUGCCACAUUGGCAAGAGUAGCAGGGCAAACUGGGUAGGCUGUCCUACAGGAUGACACAGGGUACUUACCGGGCAUGGUGGCUUUGGCGAGUACCUAUGUCGAAUCGGGAAGGAGGCGACGGCGGUGUGCCACC